AUGCCUGUCAGCAUUACGCAUUAUCAAACUUCACAUGUCAACCAGUCAAAUUUUGACUUGUUAAACGGGACAUAUAAGAGGAGGUCUUUAACUUGUGUUAAAGAAGAUAGAAUCAGUAACUUACCAGAGCACUUAAUAGACUCAAUCUUAGAGAGGCUCCGAAUUAAAGAUAUUGUAAGGACCAGCAUUAUAUCAAAAAAGUGGAGGUACACAUGGACCAAAAUUAAGGUGUUGGUUCUUGAUGAGCAGUUCUCCAUAAAAUUUGCACAAAAUGGAGCUUUUGAUCGUAAUGGGUUUAUAAAUACUAUAAACCAUGUCUUGACCUCUCACAAUUGUCCUAUCUUGAAAUUUCAUCUCCAUAUACCAAACAUGUUUCUUGAUAGUUACCAAGAAGUUGAUCAAUGGAUGCUACUCUUAUCAAGAAAAAGUGUUAGGGAACUUGUGUUAAUUACUACUUCAAAUCGACGUGAUGAACAUCCUUCUAAUGUGUUCUCUUGUCUAAAAUUGACAAAACUUGAUUUGAAGAACUGUUUCAUUAAGCAACCACUUGAGCUUGAACGAUUUAUCAAUCUUCAAACUCUUUUUCUCCUGAAUAUUGUUUUUGGAGCUAACUUUUGCGAAACCGAGAUCAACUUACCAAAGCUUAAGACGUUGUCCCUUAGUAACUGUACACAUGUUUAUAGUUUCAACAUCAAGGAUUUUGUUCGAGCUGAAAGAUUGACAUUGGCUACAAUGUUAUCUAACUUGCCCAAAGUUAGAUCUCUAGUUACUGAUGGUCAUUUCCUUAAGUUUUUGAGUGCAGAAAAGAAUCUGAAUUGGCUUCCACAUGCGGUUAAUGGUCUACACAAUUUGUUGUUAAUGGAUUUUGAACUUGGUGAUUUGGAUCAACUUCAUGGUGCUCUUUAUUUGCUUCGAAACUCACCCAAUUUAGGAGAUCUGGGUAUAGUGCCUUGGUACAUGGGGCCUCAAGUUGAUGCAGCACCCGCUUUAAAUCAUUUGGAAUCCCUAAACUGCUUGGAUUAUACAUUGAAUGAAUUGCAAACUGUGAUGAUAGUAUCUUUAGAAGGAUCAAGACCUGAACUACUUUUUAUAAAGCUUCUACUUGCUCAUUCUCCUUCUCUAAAGAAGUUUACCUUUAGACUAAAUGAAGUUGACGUUCAAAAAAGACUUAAAAUUGGUGAGGAUAUUCUGCAGUUCCCCCGAGCCUCACCAAAAGCAGAACUGGUGCUCCCGCUUGAAGUACGAGGGACACCCCUAUUAAAACAGUCUGUGUCCGCUAAGGGAUUUGUGAAGAAGAUAGAAUUAGUAAUUUGCUUGAACACUUGA